CCGUGCGGAAACUGGCGGCGCGCGCGUGGCACGAGCGACCGGAGGAACAGAUCAGACGCGCCGCUCCGCUCCGGUGUGUUGAAUGAAUAAGUAAACCCUCGACGCGUUUACCGAUGUCCGCGAGCACUGCAUGGUGAAGUGGUCAUGUUGAGUGUUUGCGCUCUGCUGCUGCUGGCGGCUCCAGCUGCCCUCGGCUCCGACUCUGACACACACAGACACCGACACGACUCCAACCUGGAGAUCUAUAAGCGUCUGUUCGAGACGAAGAGGAAAGAUCAGCUGAACGCUCUGAAGAAUCUGGUGGAGCUCAACGACAUCAACCAGCAGUACAAGAUUAUCGACAUCAUGCUCAAGGGCCUCUUCAAGGUGCUGGAGGACUCCAGAGCUGUUCUCAUAGCUGCUAACAUGCGGCCUGACGAUCCGUUCCCACUCGACGACAAACUCAAAGAAGCGUACUCCCACGUAGUGGAGAACACGGCGUUCUUCGGUGACGUGGCUCUGCGUUUCCCGCGUAUCGUGCACCAUUAUUACGAGCGUAACGCAGACUGGAGUGUGUUGCUGCGCUGGGGUCUGAGCUUCUGCAACCACACCGGGGUCUUCAGCGGAGGAGCACACCAGCACGUGCUCACACUGAUGUCACAAGAGCUAGGGAUCACGGAGAAAUCUGCAGACUUCGUCAAUCCAUACAGGACAGAACGAGAUGAUGUGCUGCAGACGGCCGAGGCCUUCCAGAAGAUUCUGCGUGAGGAGGAGAAGAGGAGGAGGAAGGAGGAGAAGAGGAAAGAGAUCCGGAAAGGGCCGCGCAUCUCUCGCUCGCGCACCGAGCUGUGAUGACGAGCUCCAGACCUUCACACACUAUCAGGGAGAGUCCGACACGGGCCGCCGCAGCGUUUACACUGAGUCCUCCAUCCACACACACGCUGCAGGGUCACCCACCGCUGCUGUGUGUGUGUGUUGGAGAUCUGGGUCGGCUGCAGGGGGAGGAGUCA